UAUAAAUAACAUAACGAAAACAAUAACUUUUGAUACAUUUGCCUACUACUGUAAAAAUAAGAUCAUAGUGACGAUGAAGAAUGUUUUGAUCUGUGUAUUAUUCCUGUAUUCGAAUAUUGCAGAGGGAAAUUUCGAAAACUCAAGUUAUUCAGCUGCUGUAGCCAAUGAAAUGUGUAAGAGCUACACUGAAAAUGCCAAAAAGAAUCAUAUUUGUCCCGUCCCUCGAGAAAAUCGCUUAAUUGGAGAAACUUUACCAGAAAAAGGAAAAUUUCCUCAUAUGGUGCAUAUCGCUUAUAUAAAAAGAAAUACAACUACGUACCUGUGCAGUGGUUUCAUUAUUAGUAAAAAUUACAUUCUUACCGCAGCUCAUUGUGUUGAUGAAGACGGGACUGAUAAGCCACAAUUUCUAAGAGCUGGAGUAAUAGAUGUCAACGACGUGUCAAAUGAGCAGGUACGAUAUAUCGACUCUAUUAUAAUUAAUCCUGAAUUUAAGCGCUCAGCGAUAUACAAAUUAUACAACGAUAUAGCACUUGUUAAGGUCACAGAAGAUUUCAACUUUAAUAAAUUUGUAAGUCCAGUAUGUUUAUACACUAGCAGUGAGAACCCAGAUGAACAAGGUAUUCACACAGGAUGGGGUUAUACUGAUUGGUCUGAGAAACAAACGCACAUGAUAAGACUUUACCUAGAUUUCGAUAGUAAUGAAAGUUGCAAUAACACUCUCUUUCCUAUGGCAGAAAGUGUAAUAUCAGAGGGUACAGAAAAAAAUAAGAUAGUAUGUGCUGGAGGAAAGAAAGGCGGAUGCCAGGUUGAAUCUGGCGGUCCUCUGCAGAUAUACCGCAAUGAUAGUAAUGAGAAACCAUGCAUGUAUGAUACAGUAGGAGUCUCAUCCUACGGACUUGGCGUUUGUAACAGGUUUGGACUACCAACGGCUUUUACCAGGAUUUCCAAUUAUAUCACAUGGAUUCAAGUUAAUGUCUGGCCUCAAGUAGAUCUAUCUACUGACGGGAGUCCUACAGCCGCAUAAUGCAUUUCUAUCUCCACCUUUUUCGGUCCGUCCAUUCCUCCUCAUUCAUGGCUCUAUCUCUCAUUAUUCCUCUGAUUCCUUCUCUCCAUUCUAAUGCUGGUCUUGCUCUCAUUCUUCUAUUCCAUGGAGUUCCUCCUAUUCCAUUGUUAUGGCCUGCUUUGACCAUCGUUCAUAUUUUCUUAGUCCAAAGCUGUUUGGAAAAUAUUGUAUCUACGGUAUUGUAAAUCGUUCAUGUUCUUCUUUUUAUUUAUUCAGAUCAAGUUUGGAUAUCCGACUCGCUCUUCUUAGAUAGUCCAUUUCUACUAGUUCCAGUAUUUUCUUCUCUUUCAUCGUCAUUUGCCAACAUUCAGAUCUGUACCUCAAAAUUGUUUCUACAACCGACUUGUAGAUUGUCAUUUUUGUUUGUAAACUAAUUUUAGUUUUAGGAGACCAAAUUAACAAAUGUCUUUGUACUAUAUUUCAGCACUGGUGUAUUUUUUGCUGGAUGUCCCGUUUCGAUGUUCCUUCCUUCACUAUCACUGUUUCAAGAUAUUUAAAUUCUUCGCAUUUUUUUAUAUGGAAUAAUAAUUCUUCUGGCUUCGAGUAGAUACGAGCAGUGAUUUGUCUUAACUAGGUAGGUAUGUACAACGAAUAGUAUUAUUUUAGCAGUAGGUAGUUAAAUACAAUAAAUGCACAUAUAGUCCAUUGAAAUGUUACAUUUAGGGUUGCAUUUCUUAGAUGAGUCAAUUUUAGUUUUUUUAAUGUGUAGAAGGGUUCAGUAGAAGCUUAAGUUAAGUUUUUGCGGUCGCCACCCUUGUCCCCCGGUCGCCAUAUUGGAAAAAGGGGUGCAAGAGCUUUCUUGCUGUAUCUCCUAAACUAGCAAUCCUACAGAAAAUUUAAUUACACAUAAAAUGUAGCAAAUUAAAUUUUAUACAAUUUUAUAUCUAUUACUUUUUAUCGUCAAGUGACCAACAAAAAAGUUAUAAACAAAAAUAUGAGAAAAUUUUGUAAGAAGUUUCCUUUAGGAGGUUUCAACUUUUUUUACGUUCAUUUCACAAUAAAAUACCAUCAUAGCGAUUUUGUAGAGGAUAUUUCAAUGAAAAAUUUUCAGUAUAAAGUUGUUUAAUUUUAUUUAUUAUCUAGGUUUUACAGCUUUCCAAUCUUGACCAGAUUCUCGAAUUCUCAUAGGAAUACAAUAAAAAAAUACUUUUCUAUCUAUACAGGGUGUAACAAAAAUAUAGGUCAUAAAUUAAAUCACAUAUUCCAAGACCAAAAAUAGAUCUAUUGGACCUAACUUACCUUAACACAAAUGUGCACAUAAAAAAAGUUAUAGCCCUUUGAAGUUAUAAAAUGAAAAUCGAUAACUAUUCGAGAUUUUUUAUUGAAAAUGGACAUGUGGCAUUCUUAUGGCAAGAACAUCUUAAAGAAAAAUUAUAGUGAAAUUUGUGCACCCCAUAAAAAUUUUAUGGGGGUUUUGUUCCCUUUAACCCCAAAAACUUUUGUGUACGUUCCAACUAAAUUAUUUUUGUGGUACCAUUAGUUAAACUCAUCAUUUUUAAAACUUUUUGCCUCUUAGGAUUUUUUCGAUAAGGCAGUUUUUAUCGAGUUGCGGCUUCUUUUUUAUUAUGUUUACAUAAAAAUUUUUUGGGGGUUUUGUUCCUUUAUACCCCCCAAAUGUUUGUGUACGUUCCAAUUAAACUAUUACUGCGGUACCAUUAGUUAAACAAAAUGUUUCUAAAAUUUUUUGUCUCUUAAUAUUUUUUCGAUAAGGCACCUUUUAUCAAGAUGUGGCUUCUUCUUUAAUAUGGUUCAAAAUAUGCCUAAAAAUGUAAAUUAUAAAUAAAUUUUCAUACGAUUACAGUCUCCAUAAUCGUACUUAACCAUUUAAAAAUAUGUGGUGGAUUUGACUAAUAUUCAAAAUAUCUCAAUAAAAACUGACUUUUCGAAAAAGUACUAAGAGGCAAAAAAGUUUUAAAAACAUUGUGUUUAACUAAUGGUAUCACAAUAAUAAUUUAAUUGGAACGUACACAAAAUUUUGGGGGGGUUUAAAGGAACAAAACCCCCAUAAAAUUUUUAUGGGGUGUCAAAAUUUUACUAUAAUUUUUUUGUAAGAUACUCCUGCCAUAAAAGUACCACAUGUCUAGUUUCAAUAAAAAAUCUCUAGGAAUUUUCGAUAUAUUGGAAAAAAUCGAUUUUCAUUUUGUAACUUCAAAGGGCUGUAACUUUUUUUAUGUGCAUAUUUAUACUAAGGUAAGUUAGGUUCAAUCGAACUAUUUUUGGUCCCAGAAUAUGCGAUUAAAUUUAUAAGAAAAUCUACGGUUUCGUUUUGAUUAAUCGAAAUUUAUUAGUUAGUCGAAAUUCAUUUCGAUUAAAUUUAUGACCUGUAUUUUUGUUACACCCUGUAUAUUAGUCGAGCGGCAGCAAUUGUUAUGCCGACCACGAAAAUCAAAUUUAAGGUGAAUGACCAAUUUUGGUCUAUUCUUAUGUUUUCGAGGUCGCUGAAUCCGAAUAUGAAGUUUAUUUUUAUCUAGAUUGGGUGGAACAUGUUCAAAAAUCACAUUUUAUACAAAAAUGCCGAAAAUCAAUUUUGAUGAUUUUUCAAAUUUACCUAGCUGUAUCUUUGGUCCCUGUAAAUAUUUCCUUUUACUGUUUCAUCUUUGAAGUAUGUAGAUAACAAUGAAAUUUGUCCAAAAUGUUCAAACACAUUAAAAAAGGAGUUGUUAGUUUUUAAACAUUUUGUCAUCAUAUUUCGUUAGUUUCAUGUUUACUUAAAAAAGCUGAGUGACAAACUUUUUAGUUUAUAAUUUUAACCAACACAACAAUAAAAUAUAAUUCAUGAAGAAGUUUUUUGGAAAAUUUUAAGUCAAAAUAUACAAUAGGAAAAAACUUAUGUUACUUCAUAGACAAGCGGCACACCCCAAAAAACGCUUAUAUCUUGAGAUCCUGACCACCGUGUGGUGAAUGGCUAAUUUUGAUCACACUUUAUGAUUUAAAUAUCAAAAAUUCGUUUUUUGCUCUUCUUAACAACUUUGCAUUUUGCGGUUGCGUCAUUCUUCUUCUGAACCGGCGAAUUUGUCCUCAAACAACUUCUUGGGCCUUUUCUAUAUAUGCUUAGGAUUAUAAGUUUCAUAGUGGGGAGAAGGUCAAAAACAGAUUAAUAAUAGCAUAGGAAUGUUAAAAUCAUAAUAAAUUGUAUGAAUAAAAAAUAUAUAUAGAUAGAAAAGUAAGCCUAACCUUUGUUUUUAUUGUAUUCCUAUGAGCAUUCGAGAAUCUGGACAAGUUUGGAGCGCUGUAAAACCUAUAUAAAUAAACAGAAUUAAACAACUUCAUAGUGAAAAUUGUUCGCUGAAAAACCCUCUACAAAAUUGUUUAAUGUUAUGUUAUUUUAAAUGAACUAAAAAAAAGUUAUAACCUCCAAAAUGAAACUUGUUAAAACAUUUUAACAUAUUUUUGUUUAUAUCUUUUUUGUUGGUCACUUUACGAUAAAAAGAAAUACAAACAAAAUUGUAGAAAAUUUAAUUUGCUACAUUUUAUGUUUAAUUAGAUUUUCCGUAGGCUUGGUAGUUUACGAGAUAUAUCGCGAAACCCCUUUGCACCCCAUUUCCAAGAUGGUGGCCGGGGGACAAGGGUGGCGACCCCAAAAACUUAAACUUAAGCUUCUACUGAUCCCCCUACACAUUAAAGAAAUAAAAUUGACUCCUCUAUCAAAUGCAAGGUAUGGCUUAAAAAAUGUAACAUUUUAAUGGACUAAUAAAUUUGUUACAUUUUUUAAAAUAAAGUUUUAUUUAAAAUUAAUUUUUUAUGUAAAUAAAUGUUGUAUAAUUCAUU